CCAAUGAGAGAUCAGCGGGUAAAGCCGUCACACGCAGAAUUUCAAUUUGAAAUUCAAACGGCUAGGAGAGAUUUUUGCGCCGGGCUGUGUUUUUAUAGGAAUUAAACGGGAUCCAUGAACAAAGAGAAUACAUUAUCCCGUCUCCCAGUUAUGUCUGGGAAACGGGCUCACACCAACAGUACGGAUGGGGAGCAACAGCAGCCUGCGCAGAAAAAAAUGCGUAAGGUAGACACAGAACCACCUCAGAGGUUCAGACCUGCGGCUAGUGUUGUGCCCCCAAGACGCCCGGUGGCAGUCAAAGCUCCUGCCAAACCUCUUCGUCCAACUGGAGCCGCGACAGUGGCUGCUGCUCCCGCAAGAGGUGACCAGAGAAAACCUGUUGUAGCAGUGUCUAAAGCAGCUGCAGGUUUAGGUGCGUCACGGAGGCCGGGAUGGGACCUGAAGGGCAAAGUGAGUGACAUGGAGGUCAAAGUCCAGAGCUACCAGGGCAAAAUAAAAUCUGUAAACCAGGAAAAUGAAUACCUGAAAGACUCCAUAAACAAAGCCCAAAGGCAUAAGGUGGAAAUCGAAGAAGAAAACAGUGGUCUCAAAAGGCGCCUCAGGAAUUGUGAAGAGGAGCUGGAAAAGCUGGCUACUGUGAAAGAUGACCUGGCGCAAACCUCUACAGAGAGAGAUGGCCUUAAAAAAGACCUCAGCAAGCUAACCCAGGAGCAUAAGGUUUUGGAAGGACUCAGGGAUCAUUUGGAGACUGAGCUCCGCAAUAUACAGACUCAGCUAGCCAUUCAGACGUCUACGCUGAGGCAGUGUCAGGACAGUUUGAAGGAGAGCCAAGAACGGGUCAGGAACCUUGAGGAGACGGUGGCCCAUCAAAGAGAAGAGCUCCACCUCGGAGAAAUGGAGCGAAGGAAGCUCCACAACACCAUUCAAGAGCUCAAAGGCAACAUCCGAGUGUUUUGUAGGGUCCGCCCUCUGCUGUCUGGCAAUCAAUCUGAUAUUCUGCACAUCCAGCUGCCGGCCCAUGACAACAAGGCUCUCACACUUGCCAAAACAGAAGAGUCUCACACAGGGCGCACCGCUGACACUCAGAAGAGCUAUAACUUCAGUUUCGACCGUGUGUUAGGGCGCGCGACUCUCAGUGUGAGGUUUUGAAGAGAUCUCCUGCUGGUGCAGUCUGCUCUGGAUGGGUACAACGUUUGUUGCUUCGCUUAUGGCCAAACCGGCAGCGGGAAGACCUUCACCAUGGAGGGGGGAGACCUGGAGGACCUGUGGGGAGUCAUUCCACGUGCUGUCCAGCAGAUCUUCAAGUCUGCCAAAGCACUCCAAGAGCAAGGCUGGCAGUACACCUUCACGGCCAGCUUUGUGGAGAUCUACAAUGAGACUCUUCGAGAUCUUCUCUACAAAGGAAAACCAAACAAGAGACCUGAGCAUGAGAUCAGGAAGGUCUCCAAUAAUGAGAUCACGGUUACCAACCUGACCUAUCAGAAAGUCAACAAUGAAGAUGAGGUGCAGAACUUGAUCAUGCUGGCGAACCAGAACCGGUCCACAGCCCGCACAGGCAUGAGCGAUCACUCCUCACGCUCUCACUCUGUGUUCCAGCUAGACAUAGAGGGGCAGAACUCUGAUCGAGACACCAAGUGCAAGUCCGUGCUGUGUCUGGUGGACUUGGCCGGUAGUGAGCGAGUGCAGAAGAGUCAGUCUCAAGGAGAGCGCUUCAAGGAGAUGACCGCCAUCAACUCUUCCCUCACCAACCUGGGAAUUGUGAUCGCCGCUUUGGCCAACAAGGAGAGCUUUAUUCCCUACCGUAACUCAAAGCUCACCUACCUGCUCCAGAACUGCCUCGGAGGCAACAGCAAAACUCUGAUGUUUGUGAACAUAGCUCCUGAGGAGGAGAGCUUCAGUGAGUCGCUGAAUUCUCUGCGCUCCGCCAGCAAGGUGAACGACUGUGUGAUCGGAACAGCCUCCGCUAAUCGGAAGUAGUUUAGCCGUCAUUUCCACCGUGGCCGUUUUUAAAAAAAAGCUUUUAAUUUCUUGAAUGUCACCUUUUUAUCCUCAUCUCUCCUGUAUUGGCUACAUUUUUAUAUUUCUGUGAUGCAAUUUUAAUGUUCUGUAUUACUAGCAAAACCUUAUUAAUGUUUUAACAGCCGCUGAAUGCAUAUUUCACUGCAUCUUGGAAGGGGAUCAAUAAAAUUUCUAUUUUGGCAUGUAA